GCUGCGUCAGAUCGGUCGCAUUUUCUGACGGUGCGACAUGUCGAGUCUCACGUCGUCUCCAAACGCUAAUGACGCGGCAGGAGGGCGCACAGAUCCUCAACAAACAACACCCGCCGAGCACCGACGAGGUCGCAAGUCGUGGACAGAGGAGGAGAAGCGAUCCUUUUGGCAGCAGAAGAAGCAGGCCAAGAAGGAGCGCAAAAAGGCCACCGCGGCUGGGCGACAGGAGGCGCUGCAGUCGGCGUGGGAGACGCUGACGGAGGAGGAGAGAGCGACGCGCCGUGCCGAAGCGGCCGAGCAGCACGAGGGCCGCCGCCGUGCGGAGGCCCAACUAAUCCAGCGGUGCGAAGCACAGCUGGCCGACGCCCGCGUUCCCACCCUCGUCUUCGACCUGAGCUUUGCGUGGUGCAUGACGGUGCCGGACACAAAGAGCACCGUGUCACAGGUGAAGUUCAGCUACAGUUCGCUGCGCCGCGCCGGCUUCCCCUUUCGUCCCGUCAUCACAUCGUUACUGGGAAAGGAGAAGGCGGACGCGGAGCACGACGCCGCCCAGCAGCAAGAGGUGCUUCAGGCGCUGAGCAACUUCGAUGGUUUCCGCCGCUUCCCUCCGCGGGUUACACAGGAAGAGCACUGGAGUGAGCUGUUUUCAGCGGACAGCGUCGUCUUCCUCAGCGCGGACGCCCCUGACGUGCUGACGACGGUGGAGCCGAACACCGCCUACAUCAUCGGCGCUUUUGUGGACCACAAUCGGUACAAAGGACUCAGCUACGCUGCGGCGCAGCGCCAUUGCGUGCGGUCGGCGCGGCUGCCCAUCAAGGAAAGUGUAGAGCUCGGCAACCGCUGCAAGGUGCUGACAAUUAACCACAUUGUGGAUGUCCUCAUUAAAUACGAGGCGCUGCGCACGGCUGGAACGCCGAACUGGGGGAUGGCGAUCGAUGAGGCGCUCCCCAUUCGUCGUACACGGCAGGAGGCGCAACAACGCCGGAAGCGGUCUCGGCACGCGGUCAAUGGCGCCUCCUCAGCAGACGAGGAGGCGUCGGGGAGCGAUACGACGCACUCGCGCGACGAGUGA